CCGCCCGGCCCCGCCCCGCGCCGCCGCGGAUAAAGGGCGGGGGGCGGCGCUCCCCCACUGUGGCGCGAGCGCGAUGGCGGCGGUGCUGGGCUACUGGGACAUCCGCGGGCUUGCCCAUGCCAUCAGGCUGCUGCUUGAAUACACUGGCACGACGUAUGAAGACAAGCUGUACAGCUGUGGGGAAGGUAAGUGCUGCAGGGCUCGGGCGGGGGGGGCAUGGGCUGCCAGCGGGGAGCCAGAAGCUCUGUGGGGUGCUGUGGUUUCAGCAAUUGAUGGGACCAGCUUCAGAGACCAGCAGGAUGGCUUCCUCUUCAUUCCUUGUAGGACUCCUGUAUCCUGAGCUAUCUAACUACUGCCGUAUUGAUUUGCAGCUCCCUAGCCU